UUAGAAGGAGAGGACAAGGAGGAGCAAGAAGAGGACGAGGAGGGGGAAGAGGAAGGGUAAGAAGAGGAAGAAAUAGAAUUACUGAUGACAUCAGAGCUACAAUAGUGGACCAUGUCAUCAACCAUGGAAUGACCCUGAGGGAAGCUGGCCAACGGGUUCAGCCUAACUUGAGCCGCUACACUGUAGCAAGCAUUAUACGGAUAUUUCGAAAUGAGAAUCGGUUAGUACAGUCACUUUUCACUAAGUUUUGUAGCACUGCCAUACUCUAAUGAGAAACAACAAUACCAUACAUGUAAAAAUACUGACAUUGUUACUUUACAGAAUUGCUAGACGUCCAGAUGUUGGGGGCAGAGGAAGAAUGUUCACUGCUGAACAAGAGACCCAUAUAGUCAAUAUGGUGAUUGCAAAUAAUGCCAUAAGGCUACGGGAAAUACAGCAGCGCAUAAUUGAGGAUAACAUCAACUUCCAAAACAUAAACAAUGUGAGCAUUUCUGCGUUAUCUCGUAUACUUGCCCGCAACAGAAUCCGCAUGAAACAAGUCUACAGGGUCCCUUUUGAAAGAAACAGUGACCGUGUAAAACAACUGCGAUAUGACUAUGUGCAGAGGGUGAUGGAGCUAGAGGCAGAUGCCAUGGGUCAUGAGCUGCUUUUUGUGGAUGAGGCAGGUUUCAAUCUCACUAAAACAAGGAGACGAGGCAGUAAUGUUCAGGGACAAGAGCAGACCAGCUAUGUCAUCAUAUGGGACAAUGUUAGCUUCCAUAGGGCUGCUUUGGUCCGCAACUGGUUUACAGAUCACCCGCUCUUCACUGUAGUCUACCUCCCCCCAUACUCUCCAUUCCUAAACCCAAUCGAAGAGUUCUUCUCUGCCUGGCGCUGGAAGGUGUAUGACCGUCAUCCCCAUCAGCGCAUAGCCCUUUUACAGGCAAUGGAGGAGGCAUGUGGGGAUGUUGACCAGGCAUCAUGUCAGGCCUGGAUACGGCAUUCCAGAAGAUAUUUUCCCCGGUGCCUUGGACUAGAGAAUAUUGCAUGUGAUGUAGAUGAAAUUUUGUGGCCGGACCCAGAGAGACGACAUGAUGUAGACUGA